AUGCUGGUGUUGGCACGAUGGGCAAAUCCAUCUCCCGAAGUGGCUGAACAACUUCGCUGGGCUCCAAUGGCGGUUCAAAUCUGGAAGGUUUCGUUUGAUUGCUUCACCGAGAAAAUGCCCUUGCGGUUGGGUUCUUCCCUUGGGGUGCUCAACUAUCCUCCCACGCUCCACCGCUUGGAUGUCUCGGGUGGGCUUUACUUUAGGGCCACACCGAUGCUAGAUCUAACUGCUCCCCUGUCAGAUGAGAUUAUGGUUGGGCACAUUGUUCCAACUCGAGGUAACUUCGUUGCAACCGUUAAACUUGAACGUGUUCCUCACUUUUGCUUCCUUUGUGGUAUAAUUGGGCACAUUGGGGAGGGCUGCCCCCAGAAGGAUACUUUGGCUGGUGCUCCCCCAAAAUAUGGGGUGUUCUCGGUGGCAACUGAAUCAGGGCCACCCGUGACAGAGGAUACCUUGUAG